GGGCCGUGGGUGCCGGGGCGGGACCCGAGGGCCGGAAGCGGACGGAACCCGGGGUCCCGCUAUCUGCCUGCCAUGGACGAAGCGGACCGGCAGCUCCUGCGGCGAUGUCGGGUGCGCCUGGUGAGCGAGCUGCAGGUCGCCGAGCUCUGGGACGCUCUGCUGAGUCGAGAGCUCUUCACGAGGGACAUGAUCGAGGACAUCCAGCGGGCAGGCUCUGGGUCUCGGCGGGAUCAGGCCAGGCAGCUGGUCACAGACCUUGAGACCCGAGGGAGGCAGGCCCUUCUUCUCUUCAUCUGCUGCUUAGAGGACACAGGCCAAGACACCCUGGCUUCAUUCUUGCGAAGUAGUCUGCAAGCAGGCAAGCAGGAUCCAGAGGCUGUGAAACCCCUGGACCGCCUGGUGCCUGUGGUCCUGGGACCGAUGGGAAUCAUACCAAAGGAGCAGAAAGCAGUGAAGUUGGACCCAUCGCAACCUGCCCUGGGAAACCUCACCCCAGUGGUGCUGGGACCAGAAGAGCUCUGGCCUGUUCAGCUCAGGCCAGAGGUUCUCAGACCAGAAACACCCAGGCCAGUGGACAUCAGUUCUGGCGGCACCCAUGAUGUCUGUGUGGCAGAGAAGAUCAAGGGUCAUGCGGAAUUGGCAUACAUCCUGGAUGCAGACCCCUGUGGCUACUGCCUCAUCAUCAACAAUGUGAACUUCUGCCCUUCCUCGGGGCUCAGCACACGCACUGGCUCCAAUGUGGACUGCGAGAAGCUUCAGGUCCGCUUCCGCUGGCUGCAUUUCAUGGUGGAGGUGAAGACUGACCUGACUGCCAAGAAAAUGGUUGGAGCUUUGGUGGAGAUGGCAGGGCGGGACCACCGUGCCCUGGACUGCUUUGUGGUGGUCAUCCUCUCUCAUGGCUGCCAGGCCAGCCACCUACAGUUCCCUGGUGCCGUCUAUGGCACAGAUGGAUGCUCCGUGUCCAUCGAGAAGAUAGUGAGCAUCUUCAAUGGGACUGGCUGUCCCAGCCUGGGAGGGAAGCCGAAGUUGUUCUUUAUCCAGGCCUGUGGUGGGGAGCAGAAAGACCAUGGCUUUGAGGUGGCCUGUGCUUCCUCUCAAGGCGGGGCCUUAGACAGUGACUCGGAGCCAGAUGCUGUCCCAUACCAGGAAGGCCCAAGGACCUUUGACCAGCUGGAUGCCGUGUCAAGUUUGCCCACCCCCAGUGACAUCCUUGUGUCCUAUUCCACCUUCCCAGGCUUUGUCUCCUGGAGAGACAAGAAGAGCGGCUCCUGGUACAUUGAGACCCUGGAUGGUGUCCUGAAGCAGUGGGCUCGCUCUGAAGACCUGCAGUCCCUCCUUCUCAGGGUCGCCAAUGCUGUUUCUGAGAAAGGGAUUUAUAAACAGAUUCCUGGCUGCUUUAACUUCCUCCGGAAAAAGCUGUUUUUUAAAACCUAAUGAGGCUGGGACUGCUCGAUGCCUCAGUGUUCUCCCCUAAACCUUCCUGGCCUGGAGGUGGCAGACGCCAGGACUGUCCUGCAAAGCCAGGGUUUUGGAACUUGCCUGGCAGACAAGCUCCUGACAGCUGCCAGGUUGGUGACAGAUGCAGGGCAGUGGAGGGAGAGGAACAGAGUGCUGUCAUUGUCACCUGUCUCCAGCUGUGGGUAGGUCUGUGGCCUGUGAUGCCCAGGUCCUCUCCAGAGCAGGGCUUCUCUGCCUCUGCACUGCUGACAUGUGGGGUUGUAUAGUCCUGCCAUGGACCGUCCUGUGUAUCCUAGGGUGUUUGAGCCAUCUCUGGUCUCUGCCUGCCAGCUGCCCUGAGCACCCUCCUGAGUUCUACCAACCAGAAACAUCUACAGACAUUGUCACUCUUGCCCAGGGAGUCAUAACACCCCCACUGGAGCACCAGUGUCCACAGGGGUCUGUGGCUCAGACUCACCAGCAUCUCCUUCCCCAGACCCACAGUCCAGCUGGCCCAGUGUGGACGCCUGGGUCUGUGAGUCUGGUCCAAGGUUCCAGAAGGGUUCGUUCUUCCUUCAGCACAGAAUUAGUUCUUAAAGGAAUGACUCUUCGGCCGAAGGACUUUUGCCUGUGUCAUCCCCACUCCCAGUCUCUGUUCUUUCCUAAAGAGGAGACUUUUUUUCUCAGCAUUUCUCCAAGUCUUCUAUGAUCCCUGCCUGAGCCCGGGUGGUAACUUAUGGGGGGCAGGGAGCGAGGAGUCCCCAUGGAUCAAGUCUCCUGUCUGAAGGAUCACGGUUACCCUACUGGAAACAGCAGGACAGAGUGUGGCGCUCCUGAGUCCCCACUCUGUCUCCCAUAUCCUCCUUGUUAGGUGACCCUGUCCCCUGACACAGUGACCAUGCAGUGGUGAGAUGCUGGACUUCCCUGGACAAGAUGCUGUCCCUGGGUCUUUACAGAUCUCCUGACUUUUCUUUCUUUCUGCUUUCAGCGGUCUUAGCCGUGAGAGCAUCCACUUUUGCUCAGAUGGUAGGGUGCAAGCCUGGCUUGUUUAUUUUUGAGCUGGGUCUGACUUUGCAUCCCAGGCUGGCCUCCAAAUCUCCAUCCUGGGGUCUCCUGAGUACUGAGAUUACACUGCACCAGCACACCAGCCUCCUCACAGGCUUGGGUUUGGGCCGUCUUCAGCGUCCAGAGGUUAGGAUGUCUGGUUUAUAAUAAGACAGAUUCAUACCAUGGUGGGGUUGAAAUCAUCACUUUAUUACUACUUUCCUUAUGUGACAUUUGCUCGGUGACAGUCCCAGAGGCAUCUUUGGUUAGUUCUUUUCAAUCACCUGCAGGACACACAGGACAAGGUGAGGUUAACCUGGUGACUGAGCAUUGAGUUCAGUGACUCUCAGGGAGAAAGUGCGGUCACGGCUUCCCCUCCCUGUGAGAGGGGUCUUAGCCUGUGGUCCUGUUGGGGCUGCAAACCGGAUGCCUUGAGUCUCGAGUGAGGACAUGACAAAUGGGCAGAUGGUGUGGCUUUGGGUGUAGUUUGUUUCUUUGUUUUUCUCUGAGACAGGCUCUCACUAUGUAGCACUGGCUGUCAUGGAAGUCAUUCUGUAGACCAGACUUGAACUCAGAGCUGCCUGCGUCUGCCUGGCAGAUCAAAGGUGUGGACCACCACACUGGGCUAAUUUGUUUCUUAGAUUACUCUUUGAGGCACUAAGACAGUGUAUGGGCUGAGGGGCUGUCUCUUGGUUUCCAAGACCAAUCAGCAGGAUCACCUUUUUGGGUGUGUCUGUUUUUGGUGCUGGGAUGGAGUCCACAUACUGUAUACUUUCUAUACUACAAUAGCUCUUGGGCAUUUUUUUUUUUUUUUUUUUGUGAGAUGGGGGUUUCUCAAAGGCCCAGGAUGCCCUGAAAGUUGCUAUGUUGCCAGGAAGACCUUGGAUUCCUGACCUUCUCGUCCACCUGUGCUGAGAUUCCCUGUGCAUUCUAACACAGGCUCUGUAACCCAGUGGAGCCUCUGGUUUCUAUAGCACAGGCCCUCAGAGCAGAGUACAUGAUCCUUGUCCAAGGCUGCUCACUGCAGCAGCGCCGGCAUUAGAAAUGGAACACAGAUGAAACAUCCCUCUUGAUGUCUGUGUUGUGGAUACCCACAGCAGUUAUGUCAGGUGACAGCAGGGUGUGUGUGUACAAGUACAAUGAGACGGUGGCUUUGCUUAGAAGAUAAUGUACACACUUAACGGUGGGGUGUUAAUACAUAAUCCCUUCACCUCAGCCUGUUAUUGGCCAGGAAAGAUGUUUUUCAGGGGGGAGUGCCUCUUCUUCUAGAUGGUUUCUUUAUGUGACAGCUCUGGUUGUCCUGAUACUCACUUUGUAGACCAGGUCGGACUUGAGCUCACAGACAUGCUGCUGCCUCUGCCUCCCCAGUGCCGGCAUUAAAGACUUUUGCCACCAUUGUA